AUGAAUUUUAAAGGUAAUGUAAUUAAAGUGCUUUCCAGUUAUGAAAAUUGUGCGUACUUGAUUGAUUUUUCAGGUAAAGUAUUUCAAAGUGAGAUUAAUAACCCUUUUAGCUGAAAUAUUGUAGAAAAUUGAAAUUCAAAAGAUUUAAUAAUGACAUAUGGACAAAGAGCGUUUUAUAAAGAUUGCUGGUAUUUUUUAACAGCUUUUAUACAAAUUUUUAAAUUUGAUUUAAGAAAAAAGGAAAUAAAAGAGGUGCAUUCUAAAGCAUAA